CGUCGCGUGCUGAUAACGUACGCGCCUUAGCGACGAGCGGUUGCUAAGGCUGCGAUGGACGCUACCUCCCGGCCGCUCCGCGUGCCCCCGGAGAUGGGCAUGUAUGCGGAAAAGCACGAGCUCUUCCAGCUCUUGCAGAAAAUCCUCAGAUCGCAACUUUGUUAGCCAGCUGAGGACACAAACAACUGUAAAUAAUAACCCCAACUCAUCAACAAUUAUGCAAAUACCUACCCUUAAGCAUAACAUGCUUGAAGGGUUGUUAAUCCAUAAGCCUGAUGAGCCCAUCCAGUUCAUGAUAAGCCACUUAAAGCAAGACAAUGAUUAUGUUCCAAGAAUUUGUAUACUUGGUCCACCUGCCUCUGGAAAAACCACUAUUGCAAUGUGGCUUUGUAAACAAUUUAAUACUCCUCGUAUCGCUCAGGAUACUUUAUUGGAAGAAACAUUAGAGCUGACAAAAGAAGUAAAGGCAUUUCAAGAGAAAGGAGAGAAAAUUCCCAAUGCACUGUGGGCCAAUCUGAUCCAGGAACGUCUGUCAAACGUGGACUGCAUCAAACAAGGAUGGAUUUUGGAAGGUAUACCUGAAAACCGGGACCAAGCUUGGAUUCUGCAAUCAUCUGGCAUCAUUCCAAGACAUGUUGUUGUGUUGUAUGCUCCAGAUAUGGUGCUGAUUGAGAGGAACCUUGGGAAAAGGAUUGAUCCAUCCACAAAAGAGGUGUACCAUACUACCUUUGACUGGCCAAGCGACCUUCUAGUGCAACAGCGUUUGGUGGAGGCAGAAGGCAUAUCUGAACAGGAGACGGCAAAGCACCUGCUGGAGUAUCAUAGAAACUUUCCCAGAGUUUUCCAGAUCUAUCAGCAAAUCUUAAAAUCAAUCAAUGCUGACCAACCUUGUGCAGACAUCUUGUCCCAGGUUCUGACCUAUGUCCAAACCCGGUGCCGAUCAGCUGCCCCGUUUAUACCACGGAUUCUCUUUUGUGGACCCCCAGGCAGUGGGAAGAGCCUGCAGGCAGCACUAAUAGCUCAGAAAUAUGGUAUUGUCAACAUUUGCUGCGGGCAACUGCUAAAGGAAGCUGUUGCAGACAAGACAAAACUUGGAGAACUCAUUAAGCCUUAUUUUGACAGUGGAUGGCCAGUCCCAGACAACAUCGUUUUAAAGUUACUGACAGAUCGGAUCAACAGAUUAGACUGCAUGACUACUGGUUGGGUGCUACAUGGUUCCCCAAGAGAUUUAGAUCAGGCAGUACAGAUGGACAGAGUGGGAAUUCUUCCAAACAGGGUAUUUUUCCUGAAUCUUCCAUUGGAAUCUGUCAUGGAGCGUCUGGCUCAGCAGAUGAUCGAUCCAGUCACUGGGGAAAGAUAUCAUGCCAUGUACAAACCAGCUUCAUUACCAGAGGUCCAAGCCCGUCUCAUGCAGAACCCUAAGGACACAGAAGACAAUAUCAGAGUUUGCCUGGGGAUUUUUAUGAAGGCCUUUUAUGUCAAUGCUGACCAAGACCCUUACGUUGUCUUUGAGUAUAUAGAAAGCUGUCUCAUUAAACCCCUCCCACAUAAGUCCUGACAUAUUAAAAACAGCAGUCCCUGCAUGCCCUGCUAGUCCAAAACACUGGCAGGAAACGUCAAAUUGUUGGUGACUUAGGCCCAAAUUUGGGAGAGCACCUUUUUUUGCAAAAACUAAUAUUAAUGAAUAGGGAUGGCUUCUUGAAACCUCCUAAAAUGAAGUUUGCUUGGAUUUAAACUUUUCCCUGUAAUGUUUGCAACCCCAACAUUGCAGCAUUGGGCUAGUAUCGGGGCCUAGAACUCAAGUGGACUGGCAUUGUCUAAAGUGAGUGAAGGGCACAUAAUAAACAAAUAGCAUAAAUGGUGACAAGGUUAGAUAGUUCAAGCUCUUUGAUUCAAUAAUCCCAGAGAGCAAGACUGGAAAGAAGUUCAUUUUUUAGAAAUUAGGUUUAACCUGCCUGGCCUUUUCUAUUUGGGUGAGUCAAUGAAACAAAAGCAUUUUUAGGAAAUGUGUCACAUGUAGAAUGCAUGUUUGGAAUAUUAAACCCAUUUGAAGUGUA